UAUUACUUCCGUUCAUAAGUGCAAGACCAUCUCUUAUAUCGUUCCGUCGUUUCCGGUGUUCCUCCUUUUUUUCGCCAGCAGCUCGAGCAGCGACAGUAUGCCUCUUGCUAAAGAUUUGUUGCAUCCGACUCCUGAGGAGGAGAAGAGGAAGCACAAAAAGAAGCGUCUGGUCCAGAGUCCUAAUUCUUAUUUUAUGGAUGUAAAAUGUCCAGGUUGCUACAAGAUUACCACUGUGUUUAGCCAUGCCCAGACAGUAGUGCUUUGUGUCGGCUGUUCUACUGUGCUCUGUCAGCCCACAGGAGGAAAAGCCAGGCUCACAGAAGGCUGCUCAUUCCGAAGGAAGCAGCAUUAGCUGUUGAACCAUGAUGCAUGAGAUGGGUGGGGACUACCCGCACAGUCGACAGCGUAGGAAGGACACCGCUGGAUGUAAACAAGUUCAAGAAGAAAGCGGCAGCAAGACUUUUUUUCUAAUCUUUUCAUGGUUUUUUUGUUUAGAGUCUGACACUUUGUGUGGCUGCGGACGACCUUAACAGUGAGGGUGAAAUGCUAUAAACUGUCCUUGUAGCCUUACCCAUCUGUUAAUAAAAGUUGGAAUAUUUAAA